UUGUAUCGCCUUGGAUUUUACAAGCCAACACCAAUCCAAGAAGAAUCAAUUCCUAAAGCUAUUGGUCAACAAGCUGAUAUUUUAGCUGCUGCUGAAACUGGUUCAGGAAAGACAUUGGCAUUUGUUUUACCAAUUAUUGAUGAGUUGAUGAAAUUGAAAGAAAAUGAACCUGCUCAACAAGUCAAAGAUGAUGAAUCUAGAACUGACAUGUUCCAACUCAGAUCACUUAUUCUUUUACCUACAAGAGAAUUAGCAUUGCAAGUUUGUUCACAUAUUGAAGCUGUCAUUCGAAACACAUCCCUAAAGGUUGUUGGACUAGUUGGUGGACUAAAUGAAGAGAAGCAAAUCAGAGAAAUUCACGUACAAAAACCUGAUAUUAUUGUUGCUACACCUGGUAGAUACUGGUUUUAUAUUGAUAAGGGUAUGUUUGCCUCCAACUCAAUUCUUGGCCUCAGAUUUUUGGUGAUUGACGAAGCUGAUAGAAUGGUAGCUGAUGCUCACUUUUUCGAACUCCAAUCCAUUUUGAGAUAUAUUACCAUUGAAAGAUUCAAAAGAAAUUAUAUCAACCAAAAAGAAGAAGAACAGGUUGAAAUACCUCAAGAACAAGAUGCUGAGCAUAAGAAGAAAGAAAAAGAAACUAAAACACAAAAGAUUAUCCAAAAAAUUCUUGCCAUUUUAGAUAUGAAAAAUCCAGUGAUGGUUGACUUGACUACCAGCAAUUUAUUAGCCCACACUCUCCAAGAAGCCUUCAUACAAAGUACCAGAGAAGAUAAGGUUCUCUAUCUUUACUAUUUCUUGACAAUUUAUUCUGGUCGUACAGUAGUCUUUACAAAUAAUAUUAAGGUUGUUAGAUUUAUUGGUAAUAUUUUGAAAGAGCUCUUUAAUAAGGGACCUAAUGCCAAGCAAACAAGUAUUACAAUUGUUUCAUUACAUGGUAAGAUGGACCAACAAUCUCGUUUUAAGAAUUUGGAAAAGUUUAAAAAGGCUGAAAAUAGUAUCUUGAUUACUACCGACGUAUUUGCUCGUGGUAUUGAUAUUCCUGAUGUAGAAAAUGUUGUACAUUUCAAUAUUCCAAUUGAUACCAAGACUUAUAUCCAUCGUUGCGGACGUUCUGGAAGAGCAGGCAAACAAGGAUUUAGUUUGGCUAUUGUUUCUCCGGAGGAACGUAAAUCAUUCUAUCAUAUUCUAAGAGAUACUCGAGGUGAAGGUAGUGAAAUGCCUCCUUUCCCGAUGUCACAUCCUGAUUUGUUAGAAGUUUUACGUAAGCGUGUAAAUUUGGCAAUUGAAAUUGAAAAAUUGGAAGAAAGAAAGGCUGCCAGAACUCAAGAACAAGAUUGGUUUACAAAACAAGCCGCUGCUAUGGAUAUUGAUUUAGAUGAA